AUGGAAGAAAGCCGUCGGACAAGUCCUACGCCUCAGAGUCCCACAGCACAACGGAGACUCCAAGCCUGUGAGAGAUGCUGGAAACGGAAGCAAAAGGGGAUUCUGUUGCUGCCGGGAUGUACAGCCUGCAUUGAAGCAAAAGCCAAAUGUUGUCCACGAAGCGUCCAGUUAGGGGGCACCGCAGAGGAUGCAAGUGGACUUUCCAAUGCUGCGCUUCCUGACUACAUUGAGACGCUUAAAAGAAAGGCGGAAGAUCUGGACGAUCAGUCUCGGCGCCGACGACCUCGUUUAUCAACCAACGCGAGCGAUGGGAGACCAUCGCUGCCAUCCAAUAUCCCGACAGAUGCUGCACAUGAUAGUCCACAAACUUCCCACGACACUCCGUUGACGGAGCAAACCAGUCUCACUGAAAGAUCGGUGCAGGCGGCCAUGGGAGAGAUUAAAUUUCUGUCCCGCAAUGCUAUGGCAGAGCCCCGUGGUGAGGCAAGUGGGUUUCCCCAGGAACUAGCGAUAGGAAACAUGAUAAAAGCCUCCCUUGCUAUUUCAGGGAAAGACCCAACACAGUCUUCAUGCUCUUUGUCUCAAAAGUCAAAGUACAGGAACAUGUUGGGACAGACCCCUACACUUACCAGAGAAGUUGUGGCUGAUUGUAUGGGCCGUUUCUUUGUGCAUACAAAAGCCCUCUGCCCAUAUAUUAACGAGGGUGAGAUGCUAGAAUAUCGUGACCUUUCUUCGAUGGUAGCCAUGGAUUUCAACGUGUAUAUGGCAACAGCUAUUGGGAUGCUGCUUUCUCCCGAAUCUGGCAUCGAACUGUUCGCCAGCAGUUUACACAACACGGCCAUGCAGAGCUUCCCUACUAUCCUAGGCAGUAAAGAUGACUUUAACAUGUUGCAUUCUAUGCAAUUGUUGGUCAUUUACUCGAUGUUCUCCUCGAUGGGGGGAUCCACGUGGCAUCUUAUUGGCCUGGCCAUGAAGAAGGCCAUAUCGUAUAGGUUCCAUAAAGAGCCGCUUUCCGACAUUGGAAUACCGGAGCAGAAGCUCAAUCGGAGAAGAGACAUAAUUUGGAACUUGUACAUACUUGAUAGAACUAUUAGCUGCGCAAUGGACCGGCCAUUCGGCAUUAAAGAUGAAGAUGUUACGCUUCAGCUUCCAUCUCAUGGAGACAUCAGUCUACCAGACGCGCUCGACUUUCCGGCGUACGUUGUGAUGCACGCUCGACUACUAUCUAAUAUGCGAGGCUCUUCACAUCAGCAAUCAAUUUUCCACUACGGAAGUUUUUCCUACUGGAGAGACAUACCUAGAGGAACGAUAGGUUCUAAUAUACCACCGACUUCCUCCAGAACAAUACGACAGCUCACCUGUAGGUCCAUGGUCUGCCUGGCGCAAAUCAGUGGAUUUGAGCGAAACGCAACCAGGGUUUUUGGGACCACACAUACUAUCCGGCAAGAUAUAAUAAACACAUGUAGUGAAUAUAUCAGUAACGAGUAUUUGGCGGUGGAGGAUGACUGCUUCACGGGAUCAUUCGUUGAUACUUUCGAUAUCUUUUCUGCGGGAGUGGUUCUUACCUUCCUGGGAAGGAUGUCGCCAUCUUCCGAUGUCCCGAAUGCAGCCAGUGUUCUCAACAAAUGUACUUCUCUCUUGACCCUUCUCGGAGAGAGAUUCUCGGCACUUAAAGCACUUUGCAGACUGCUCUGGUGCUUGCAGGAGUCAGCAGACAUGGCGCAGGUGAUUGAGUUACCGGAAAUAGUCCCUCACGCCCUUCGAGUGAUGAUCGAAGGUACGUUUCGGAGUAGUCGCCCAGUUCGUUGA